GUGGAACCUUGUAAGCAGUAUUUGUUAAGAAUUAGGAACACCAAAGUCACCAACCGUGAUCUCAAAGGGCACACUUCUACUCCUACUAAUACUUCGAGUUUCCGAAUCGAAUCUUUUUUCCCGUCUUUCCUUUCGUUUAUACGCACCCUUCGUCUCUCCCCUGUCCUCCCUGCUCUCUUAUACGCCUACAGAUCUCUCUCUCUUUCUCUCUCUCAGCUCAAAUCGUCCACAGCAAGAUGGCAAUGCAGGAAGCAAGUCCUGCCCCUGCUCCCACUGCCCAAGUUGUUGGGAAUGCCUUUGUGGAGCAAUACUACCAUAUUCUUCACCAAUCCCCUGAAUUGGUGCAUAGAUUUUAUCAGGAUUCAAGUUUGCUAAGCCGGCCAGAUGCCAAUGGUAAUAUGGCAACAGUGACAACCAUGGAAGCAAUUAAUGAGAAGAUAUUGGAUUUCAACUAUGAGGACUAUGCUGCGGAGAUAAAAACUGCAGAUGCUCAGGAGUCUUAUGAGAAAGGGGUGAUUGUUUUAGUGACUGGAUGUUUAACUGGAAAGGACAAUCUGAGGAGGAAAUUCACGCAAACAUUUUUUCUUGCUCCCCAAGACAAAGGCUACUUUGUCUUAAAUGAUGUCUUUAGGUACAUUGAGGAAAAUGAACAGUUGCAAACCAACCCUGUCUCAGUCAACGGCAUUAAUGAAACCGUUUCUGCAGCUGCCGUGACACCAGAACCAGAGCCUGCUCAUGCUCCCGAACAUCCUGCUGUGGACCCUGCUACUUCCUUUGAGGGGGAGGAUCUUAAUGAUGUUGCUGAAGUUUGUGAUCCUUCAGAUAAUGAGGAAGGCUCAGUUGUUGAAGAUGAGGUUAUUGAACCCUCAACUGAUGCCGGUCAGAAUGAAGUUCUUACAGAGGUUGAUUCUACAGGUGUUGCUUCAGCUCCUGCAGCUGAGGAUGAUGCUCCAAAAAAGUCCUAUGCAUCCAUUGUGAAGGUAAUGAAGGGUACAACAUCUAAUUCAGUCCAUGUUCCUACCAGAAAUUUUAGGGUGGCACCCACAAACCCCGAACAGUGGUCACAGGUUUCUGCAAAACCUGCUCCUGCACCUGAGGCAUCUGCUCCUACUAGUGACAUUGCGCCCGAAAGCAGCAAUGUUCCUGAGGAAGCUGAAGGUUACUCCAUAUAUGUACGGAAUUUACCUUACAAUGCAGCAGUUGCACAACUUGAGGAGGAAUUUAAAAAAUUUGGGCCUAUUAAGCUUGGUGGCAUCCAAGUUAGAAGUAAUAAGGCGGGAUUCACUUUUGGCUUUGUUGAAUUUGAAGCAAUCACUUCAAUGCAACUUGCACUUGAGGCUUCGCCAAUCACAAUUGGGGAUCGUCAGGCUGUUGUCGAGGAAAAGAGAACUACUACCCGAGUUAGCAGCAGUGGGAGAGGGAGGUAUUCUUCGGGAAGAGGUGGGUUCCGGAGUGACAGUUUCAAGGGCCGUGGGAACUUUGGUGGCAGCCGGGGUUAUGGCAGGAGUGAAUUCAGAAACCAGGGUGAGUUUUCAGGGCGACCCAGGGGUUCAAGUGGACGCAAUGGAGAGGGUCAUCAGCGGGUUAACCAGAAUGGCAGUGGGAGGGGUGGGCGUCAAGGUGGAGUGAACCGUAGCCCCACUGCUGCUUGAACAUUGAAGAAAAUGGCUUACAGUUGAUUUUUUGACAGUUAAAUGAGGGGUUUUAAGGCUCUAGAUACGCAGGUUUUGGAUUUAUUAUCUCAAAUGUUAAUGAGAAGAUUAUUGUGAUUUUUAUUUCUUGCGGUAUUCCAUAAAGCUUAGAUGACAAGAAAGAUAUUGGUUCAGUGUUGCUAUGUACUUCGUCAUAAAGGCAUGUGGUUUUGUAACAUUAAAAAUCUCUGUAUUUGACCCAUUUACGUGGAGAACUUUACAUCAGUAGCUUAUUUCAAGCUGCAUAAGUUGAUGUAAAAUUUUGGGUACAAUAAAAAUGAGUAUUGUUUAA